AUUGCUCAGUUUUUUCACACGCGCCGCCGUCGAUAGUCGUCAUGGCCGCGAAACAUUUGGUGUGGGCAGCCGCGUGCUUCAUGCUAUCCCUAACUGCAGUUAGUGCAUUGCAAGCAGUCAAUGGGAGAAUUAAACUAACAAUAGGCACAGCCUCCGGAUGUACUGAUACAAUGCGUUUUGUUCAAAAUCAGUUAACUGAAGCCUAUAGUUUGUACGGACAAUUUCUGGACGUCGAAUUCGUGCCCUGGGGAAGAACUGUCUGGAAUUCCACUGGAUUUCAUUGUCAGUUCCUUGAAAACGACUGCUGGGCAAACCGUCUGCACAGAUGCGUUCUGGACAGGUUGAAGGGUAAUCAAGAUGCUCAAGUGCACUACAUGACUUGUGAAUUCUCCAGCCCUUACCCAGCUUUCGCGCAAGGAACUUAUAUUUGCGCUCAAGCUGUGGGGGUCAAUCUUAUCGACAUAGACCACUGCGUGAACAACCCUGGAGAUGCUUUGGACACUGCUGCUCAAAGCGCAGCCGUUGUUCCAAUGCAGGCAAUUAAUUUUGUUCCAUACAUCAUGUUCAACGACGUACCAGAUAUACCGUUGCAUGACUCUGCCUUCAGCAGGCUCGCAAGCAUGAUUUGCUUCGCUUUAUCUGAGGACCCUUCUACAGGAAUAACCAGCUGUACAAUUUAAUUACAAGUUUUCUACAGUGAGCUCAUAGAACAUCAAAGUCAAAGUCUCCAAUCGGCGAAUUGUGAAGUUUUAUCUUAGUUGGUCUUGCUGGUGCCAGUUUAGUACUAAAUGUCCAACUUUCACCCGGGUUUUAAUCGACAAACUUGUGCAAUUGGACAAUCGCCGAACAAGAUAUGGCUAAUAGCUGUGGAAUUUUUGAUGAUAAGCUGACGGUGUAAUGUUCGUAUUCCGUUUGUUAAUAGGCAUCAUUUAUUUUUGAUAUCUUUACAAUAACAGAUAAUGUUUUAUACUGGCAGUUGUAUAUAUUGAUUAAACAUAAUUUAAGUGA